CUAGUCGCCGCCGCCGCUAGCAUAGUUAGCUCCCCAGCAGCUGUCGGUGGCACUCAGUCAGCAAGCCUAUCAGUCUGAGUGAUUGUGCUUCCUUUAGAGGACCGCUGUGUUAUCUCCAGGAGUCCGUUGUUUUUCUUUCCUAAAGGUUUUCUGUGGUAUUAUAUUGUUGUCCUCGCCGUCACAAUAGACAGAAGUCCUGGGACAUGGCCAGACAAGAACAAGUCCUGGUGCUAGAGCCGCAACAGGAACUCAAAUUCAGAGGCCCAUUUACAGAUGUUGUCACCGCCACGCUGAAGCUCACUAACCCCACAGACAGAAAUGUUUGUUUCAAAGUUAAGACAACUGCACCUCGCAGAUACUGUGUGCGUCCAAACAGCGGCGUCAUUGACUCUGGGACCUCCAUAAAUGUUUCUGUCAUGCUGCAGCCAUUUGAGUACGACCCCAACGAGAAGAGUAAGCAUAAAUUCAUGGUGCAGUCCAUUCUGGCUCCCAGAGACAUGACCGACAUGGAAGGAGUUUGGAAGGAGGCCAAACCUGAGGAGCUGAUGGACUCAAAGUUAAGAUGUGCGUUUGAGAUGCCUAUAGGAAAUGACAAAACUCAUGAGAGUGAAAGCAUCAAACCUGUGUCUUCCUCUACCUCUGUUAAGAAUGAGCACUCUGCGCUGCCCAAGUCAUCCAGCGCCUCCCUGGAUGACGGGGAGGUGAAGAAGAUCAUGGAGGAGUGCAGGCAGCUGCAGAUGGAGGUGCAGAGGCUACGAGAAGAAAACAAACAGAUCCGGGAGGACGACGGUGUGCGGAAGAGAAAGAUUUCACCAAUUGCUGCUUCUCAAUCCAACACCGUGGCUAGCACGGCCAUGACGAAGGAUGAAGGCUUGAGCACCCGCGUCCUCGCAUUGUGCUUGCUCUUCUUUGUGAUUGGAGCCAUCAUUGGCAAGCUGGUCCUUUAGAAACACAGACUGAGCACAGUGACGGACGGACGGACGCAGGAACGAAGGGACGGACAGCGUGUCUUAAAGGGCACGUACCAAUGACGGCAACGGGGAUCUCUUCUGGGUUUAUGUUGAUCUGUUUUCUUGUUUUUCUUAACAUUUUAAGCUACUAGCCAGAGGUUUAUCUUCCUUCAACAACAGCUGUGCAAUGAUGAUAAAAAUACAGCUGAGGAAAAACAAAAAAAAAGUAUAACUUUCCACUGCUGGACUUCACAAUUUAUGGGGGUUUUUUUUGUUGUUUUUUUUUUAACGAUGCGACUGACCUAACACCAGGCAAUAAGGGUUGACGUUAGAGCCGCUGGCUUUAGUGAACGCUGUGGUGAUCGGGCAACAUUUAGCAGGUUUUAGGUGUAAAUUCAGACUCAUAGUAACGUUCUCCCUGAGGAAUACAAACAAGAUAAGAAAACUAAAUUGAAGGUUAGACUGGGGCAGACGGAGUUCCCAUGGUUUCCAUGAUGGACGCUCCUGUUGAUGGCGAUCCAUCGAUCGUCUUUAGAGGUUGGUGGCGGUUAAUGCGGCUUAAUUGGUACGGAUCUAUUUAUAUUGUUCACAUUUUUCCAAUCGAUUGACUUCAGUGCAUGUCAGCCAUUUGUAAAAAGAAUCAAUGCCUCGACUAGUAUCAUGACAUGCUGUGGCAGAGCAUGCAGUAUCUGAAAACACAUGCCAACCCAACAUAGUUUACAGACAAGUAAACUCGCAUAAGCUCUUAACUGGCUGUAAUUUAAUUUACAUUUUUUCCCCCCUUUCUUCCCUCUGCUGUUUAUUGAAAUUAUGGUGUUAGGCUGCACUUUAACAAUCAUAAUGGGAUUUACUAGUAGAACCAGGCUGAUUAUAAUCUGUCUUCCUGGUGAUUCAUCUCUACGGUACUCACCGUGAUGUUUGCAUCCGAUUCAGUAGCUAACUUUCUCCCAGCUUUUGAAGAAUCUAAAUGAAUUUGGCGGCUCCAGUUCUGGUGGUAAAAUCCUUACUGGUUAAGCUCAGCCUGGGUUUGUUUUCCACACCUCCUUGCAACAGCUCUUUACUGCGACUUCAGCAGGAGAGGUGGACAAUGAAGCAAUUCUGUAAAUCGGUGCUUGCACUUGAAUUCUGUCUUUUAAGUUCUAAUUUCCUAACAAAAUGCAUUAUCCUUACCACAUAUUUGUUUGUGUUGUGUUUUUAAGGUAUUUGGCUCAAAAGUAUUUUUAAUCCUCGAUCGCUCCAGUCAUCCCUUUGUGUGUGUGUGUGGACAUGUGUGUGUUUGUCUCCAAACAUCUUGGAAGUUUUGCAGUAGAAUGCAAGUAACUACAUCUGGGCCUCAUUUCAGAAAGCAGGAUAAGUGGAAAUCUUGAUGAAGUUCUGGAGUAACUAUGAGCAUAUUCUGGGUUUUUGAUUUCAGAAAGCCAGAUAGGUGUUGUCCCGAGUCAACUUGCCACCGCAGCUUACUUCUUGAAGCAACCCCGCUCAGUAUUGGCAUUAAUUAUUCUUAUUAGUGCCAGCGGGAUUCAGUCCGAAAUGUUACUAUAGCAUCUAAACUGUUAUAUAGCAGAAGUCACCUCAGAUAGAUUUCUAAUUUAAGAGGUGUGUGUCUUCACCUGUCAGGUGACACAGCAGUUCAGUCCCUGGCAGGGCCGCUUGAUAAAACAUAAGCUUUUUUUCUCUUUUGUGCUAUUGGCAUCAAUAAAGGUUUAAGAUGAAUUUGAUGUUUUAUAAAGAAGCUUUUUAGACAAGAGCUCUCCCACUACCGGACUGUAGAUCAUUGUGACUUGAACACUUAGUUGCUCGCUAUCUGAAAACCAUGUGCAGCCCAGGUGGGUGGGGUUCUCACAACACAAAGAACAGAAUUGCAGAAUGUAGCAAAAAGUCUACAGUCUACAAGCAAAAAUGUAGACUGUAGAAACACUUUAAGCAUAUUCUAUUCAUGUAGUUUUAGGUGUUCAAAGUACAGUAGAUAUUGAUAUUUUGUUAAGAAAAAUAAAAUUAUCCUCCUCUUGUGACUUAAAUAACAUCAAGAAUAUUUUCUGCUGAACCUCGCACAUUGACUCUCUGCCCACUAACUAAUGCAAUUUUGCAACAGCAUUGCCAUUUAAAAAAAAAAAAAAAAAAGUUUUUAUAUUCUUUCUAUACCGUCAGUAAAACUUUUAAUUCUGUUGGUGAGAAAUACAGACUUUCAUUAUUGUUUUUCUCUCCCGUUGCCAUGGGGAAUUGCAUUCUUUGCCUUCCAUUGAUGAGGUCUUCGUCGUUUGGCCGCGCUCGACGCUUAACUCAGGGGUAACUUGACUCAGAAUUGAGUUGCCUAGUUGAUAUCUCCUGCUCCGAAACCGAAAACCCAGAGUAUCACCGAUCUGGGUAGGUUUAUUCAGAGUACCUACCUUCUGCUCAGGGCUCUUUAACCCUGCUUUCUGAAACGGGGCCCUCGAGGGUAAAUUUGUUAAAAACUAGAUGAAAAUCACAAAGGGAUGUACUCCAACCAGGUAACUUCUGCCUGUUGUGAUGUCACCAGCAGAGGAAGAAUGUUGUCGUACAUGAUCUCCAAAUGAUUAGAAAGAACGACGUUAUUAGUGACAAACUAUAAAGUUUGUAUCUAAGGGAGUUAAAUGUAGAAGGUCAACAAAGGAAGGCAGGCCCGGUUAAACCACAAGGCUCAGCGUUUUUUGUCCCAGGCUUUAUUGUUUUCUUUUUGGUUUAUUAUUUUUUUUGUUCCCUGCAUUUGAUCUUUUCUCUCCGUCCAUCUCUGCUUCCUAAAGGAUCUUCCCCAUCUUGCAGCGGUGUGUGGAAGUGGCUUCAUGCUGGCUGAAUGUUUAAAGUCUUUCAUUGAUUCUGAAAGUUUCUCACUUUCGUGUCUUUACCUCCGUUAUCACGUGUCUUCCACUCGUUGUUAAUGAUCUGGCAGGACAGAAGAACAAAAUUAAUCAUUGAAAGACUUUUUGUUCUUUUUCCUGAAUGCAAACUUUGUAUCUUGUAUUCUAAAGAGUGAAGUGAAAAAAAAUGAUAUAUAUAAAUAUAUAAGUAUAUGUAUACUGUAUGUAUGAGCCAGUAGAAGCUGUGUGUGUGUGUGGAUGUUUUAAUGUGAUGGGGCUGCAAAGAGUUUCCUGUUUGUAACAGAAAAUGGGGAAUGUUCACUGAAAAAAAACAAAAAAAAGAUUACAAUUAUUAAUCAUGUUACUCUCUGUCCAGACCAAGAAAUCUGCUCAAUCGAAUUAAAUCUUUGGGCCACUAAUAAAGUUAUUACUUAAUAAAGGAUUGUGAUGAAUAACUUAAGAUGCACGGUGAUCUAUUUAAAAAAAAAAAAAAAAAAAAGCAAAGCUAUAAAUUACUUUGAUGUCUAGAAUCAGUUCUGAAACGGUUUCAAUCCACAGCAGGUCCUGCAGACUCGGCCGAUUCACUUCUAGGAAAUCCAGAGUUAAGAAAAUCAGUUUCGUCCACCUUUGCUUUGUUUUUUGUGUUGUUAUAGAAGUUAUUUUAUGAUCUUCAAAUAUACUGCAGCCUGCAUGAAAUGGCUGAAUCACGAUUGCUGUUUUAUAGUUAUUUAUUAAGUUUGGAAAUUCAAGCACGGCCUGUGUUUUCAAAAGGGACCAGUUUAGUCUUGGGGUUUUAUCGGUUGAACUGUUUUGUUUUCUUCAUCUCCUUGUUUCUGUUUCCCAUCCGGCUCCGGUUGGUGGUAACCGCUGCUUCAUGUCGACCAUCAUGCACCCACCUUUAUAAAUCAGUUCUGUUUCAGGAAGAAUAAAGAGAAAUGUGUCUUUCUUUUAAUUUUUUAUUUUUAAAAGAUGUAGGUGCUGCGAUAUUUGGGGCGUGGCCGUCUGUGGGGACUGACCUGUUAAUACGCACUACAUUAAAGGAAAUGAUAAUAAAAGGUAUUUGCGCUUAAGACCACUCCUGCAUUGGUGCAGUCACAGCAGUGUAAUCACACAGUCAUCUGAUACUCUUUUGUAUGUAUAUAUAAAUAAUCAAACAUGUAGUAAAGCAAGAAAAGAACUGAAGAGCAACCAUGGAUCAUGUAGCAUCAUAAUAAAUUACAGUACAUAAAC